UCUUGUUCCUCCUUCUUUUGUUUUAGAGAAACAAUGAGAGAAUUAACAACCAGUGACACUGAUCCUGAUGCUACCAUGGAUACUGCUGUUGAGGAGAAGGACAGUUACUUUAGCAACUAUGGACAUCAUGGCAUACAUGAAGAGAUGCUCAAAGAUGAAGUUAGAAUGGAUUCUUAUGAAUUAUUCAUUACUAAAAACACUGAGAUUUUCAAAGAUAAAGUUGUUCUUGAUAUUGGUUGUGGUACUGGUAUUCUCUCCCUCUUUGCAGUUAAAGCUGGUGCUAGUCACGUAUUCGCCAUAGACCAAUCACCAAUCAUACACAAAGCAGCAGAGAUAGCGAGAGAGAAUGGAGUUGAUGAUAAAAUCACAUUUAUAAGAGGAGAAGUGGAGAGUGUUAGGCUACCAGUUGAUAGUGUUGAUGUGUUGAUAUCAGAAUGGAUGGGGUACUUCCUUUUAUUUGAGUCUAUGCUUGAUACUGUCCUAUAUGCUAGGGACAAGUGGUUGAUUGAUAAGAAAAAUGGUGAGAUGUAUUAA